AUGGAGCAAGAUCUCAAUGCACUUGUUGAUCAAGCUUAUGCUUAUAAAUGUAACUAUUACACAGCGAGAUUCGAGUAUGAGCUUGCAUUAAAUACUUUUAAACAAGCCAUUGAAAUAUUGCUUAGCUACACGAAACAAUAUACCGAUGAAAAUGAGAGAGCAAAAGCAAUAAGAGCGAUAGAUACACUAUUAAAGCAAGCAGAAUUUUGCCAAGCCCAAUUAAAUCCUAUGAUACGAGAAGAAGCUAAACGACUUGCUUAUAUACAAGCUCCAGAGCCUAAACCCCAGUCAAGUCGACAGAGCACUCAGGUUCAGCCUUCAGCAUCUCAUCCUCAACCUCAGCACCAAAGUGACGGCCCUUUGGAGGCUAUGAUAGAAAAUGAAAUUUUGGAUUCUUCAAACCCUGUUAGCUGAGACGAUAUUGCAGGCUUAGAAAACCCGAAAAGAAUGCUGCAAGAAGCAAUCAUUCAGCCAUCACUUUUUCCUCACAUCUAUACAGGACUUAGGGCACCUCCUAAAGGGAUUUUAUUAUUUGGGCCGCCUGGGACUGGAAAAACAAUGCUCGCUAAAGCAGUUGCAUCACAGGCAAAAUGCUGCUUUUUUAGCAUUUCCUCUUCAGUUCUAACUUCAAAAUUUGUAAAAUUUACUUAAUCCUCUAUUUUUAUAAAUUACUUUAAAAAAGAAGUAUCAUCUUUAUAUUGACAUUUCCAAGAAUUUUUAAAAAAAGUGAAUUAAAUUUUCUCAAAAGGGAGAUAGUAUGGAGAAGCUGAAAAACUGGUGAGAGCACUUUUUACAGUUGCAAGGAGAAGGCAGCCUUCAGUAAUUUUUAUUGAUGAAGUAGAUUCCAUUCUUUCAUCUAGAUCUGAAAGCCAGCAUGAAGCUUCAAGAAGACUUCAAACUGAGUUUUUAGUCCAAAUGGAUGGAGUUCGUGGAGAUUCUGAAGAAAGAAUUGUCCUUAUAGGUGCAACAAACAGACCUCAAGAGCUUGAUGAAGCAGUAAGAAGAAGGUUCACUAAAAGAAUAUAUACCAUUUAUUCAUGUACAAGUAAAAAUUAAUUGAUGAAUUUAUAAAAAUAAAAUUAAUCUUAUAAAGUAUAUAUUGAUUUGCCUGAUGUUCCAGCCAAAAUGUCACUAAUAAGUUCGCUUAUGAAAAAUGUGAAUAGUAAUAUAACAGAUGAUCAAACCAGAGAAUUAAUGCGGAUGACUGAAUAUUUUUCAGGAAGUGAUUUAGCAGCACUUUGUAAAGAAGCUGCAAUGGUACCACUGAGAACUUUGACAAAAGAGAUGCUUGCGCAAGGAAUUGUGCCACCAGUUACAAUUGAGUCUUUUAGGGCAGCUCUUAGAGUGAUAAGACCUUCAGUUUCGAGGGAUUCCUUAACAUUUUAUCAGAGAUGGAAUCAAGAAUUCGGGUCUAAUUAA